CAAAGCGCUGCAGCAGUUCCGCCGAACGUCCGCUUCUGCUACCGAGAAGGGAUUAGUGAGCAACACCCCGGGACUGAUCGGCUUCUAGUUCUGUCGGCCUCAGGGCUUCCCCGUUCGUCACAACCAACGGAUUGCCUUACUAUUUACACCUCUGCCGAGAAUUAGGGAUGGACUAAGGAUGAAUGUAAAUCAGCACACUCCAAUGGCCUCUCCUUACGGCCAGCCCCAGCCUGGCUAUGGUCAACCAGGCUACGCUCCCCAGGACGGGGGGUAUCCUGGCCCUUACUCACCUUACAACGGCCCCGCUUCAGCCCAUCAGCCCGGUGUUCCACCGCAAGGUUAUUCUCCUUUCACAAGCUUUCCCUCUAAGGCUGUGGCAGCCAACCCAGUCUCUGACCUCUCCUCUCCUCUUGACUUAGGUCCAACAAGGCUUCCUCCCACCUCUGCACCCCCUCCUGCUUCAGCUCCUCAGCCCUAUAACCAGUACACCCACAGUCAAGGGGACAUGCAAAAUGGACCCCCACCCAUGACACAGGCACCGCCCAGGCCUGCUGCAGCCCAGCCGUACACCCAGGGACAUGUGAACAUGAGUGGGUCGCUGCCUUCCUAUCCACAACACUAUGGGCCUCCGCCAUCAAUGCAGCAGGUCACCAAUCAGAUGACUGGAAUGCAGAUCACGCCUGGACCACCAACCUCUGCAGGGCCAGGAUAUGUUCCUCCUCACAGCUCACAGCCUCCUCUCAGUACUGCCUACUCAGCUGCACCGCAGCCAUCCUACACCCAGGCUCCCCCUCCUGCAUCAUCCGCUCCCCCCCAGCCUCCACCUGCGAGUGGUCCUGCAGCUUCUCAGCAGUAUUACGGAGGCCCUCCACCUUCUUCUCAACAACCAUUCAACUCUUCCCUCCCCCCCACCUCCCAGCAGCAGUUCACCUCUUCUGUUCCUCCGCCGCCCUCCCAGCAGUCUUUCCCCCCCUCCUCUUUUUCGGGUCCCGCUCCUCCUCCCACGCGCCUUCAGGGUCCGCCGAUGUCUCAGUCCCAGCCCCAGAUGCCCUUUCCUUCUCAGCCUCCUUUCUCAGCUCCUCCACCUGUUAGCCAACCUGGCUUCGCCGGUGGCCCACCUCCACCCAUCCAAGGAUCUUUCCCACCUCAGCCUACACAACCUUCCUCUCAGCCAGGGUCUUUUCCUCCUCCUGGGCCCCCUCCCACCUCAGCCGCCUCAGGUCAGUACACAGCCUCCAUGGCCCAGCAGCCGCCUCCUCCAACCCAGCCAUCCCCCUAUCACUCAGGACCCCCGCCCCCCAGAGUUCAGAUGCCUCCAACUUCUAUGGGACAGAGUAACCACAUGCCUCCGGGUCCUCCAGGACCCCUGCAGCAGCCUCCUGCUCAGCCUGGCAUGCAGACAGGAUUCCCUCCUCAACAAAAUGGUGCAUUUGGGCAGGUGAGGGGCCCGCAGCCUGGAUAUGCAGGCCCUUAUCCUGGACAGCCCAACUAUGGAGCCCAAGCGCCAGCUCCUGCUCCUUCAGCACAGAAAAGACUUGAUCCGGAUGCAAUUCCAAGCCCGCAAGCGUCUGACAUGCCGGCUGUGCAGAAAUCAAGACAUAGAAUAGAUCCAGAUGCUAUCCCAAGCCCAAUCCAGGUAAUAGAGGACGACAAGGCCAAGUCCACUGAGCCAUUCACAACAGGGGUCAGGGGUCAAGCCCCGCCCCUCGUCACAACCAACUUUCAGGUGAAAGAUCAAGGAAACGCCAGUCCCAGGUUUAUCCGUUGUACAGCCUACAAUAUGCCUUGCACGUCCGAUAUGGCAAAGCAGUCCCAGGUCCCCCUGGCUGCUGUCAUUAAGCCGCUCGCCACGCUGCCCCCAGAUGAGACCCCGCCAUACAUGGUGGACCACGGCGAGGCUGGUCCAAUCCGUUGCAACAGGUGCAAGGCCUACAUGUGUCCCUACAUGCAGUUCAUAGAGGGAGGUCGCCGCUUCCAGUGUGGAUUCUGCAGCUGCGUCACAGAGGUGCCUCCACAAUACUUCCAGCAUCUGGAUCACACCGGUAAGAGAGUGGACUGUUAUGACAGGCCAGAGCUGUCCCUCGGCACCUAUGAGUUCCUGGCAACUGUGGACUAUUGUAAGAACAACAAGCUUCCUCAGCCUCCAGCCUUCAUCUUCCUCAUAGAUGUUUCCUACAACGCGGUUAAGAGCGGCCUGGUCAGCUUGAUCUGCAAUGAACUCAAGACUCUCCUUGAUCUCCUGCCCAGGGAAAACCCAGAAACAGAUUCUGUGGUGCGGGUGGGUUUCGUCACCUACAACAAGGUGCUGCACUUCUACAACGUGAAGCCCACCCUGGCCCAGCCCCAGAUGCUGGUUGUGUCGGACGUGUCGGACAUGUUUGUGCCGCUGCUCGAUGGGUUCCUGGUAAACGUGAACGAAAGCCGGCAGGUCAUAGAGAGCUUGCUGGAUCAGAUCCCAGAGAUGUUUGCAGACACGAGGGAGACGGAAACGGUCUUUGGACCCGUCAUCCAGGCAGGACUGGAAGCCCUUAAGGCUGCCGACUGUGCCGGGAAGCUGUUUGUGUUUCACACCUCUCUGCCCAUCGCAGAGGCUCCUGGAAAGCUGAAAAACCGAGAAGAUAAGAAGCUAAUCGGGACAGACAAGGAGAAGACUCUGUUUCAGCCGCAGGUUGGAUUUUACAAAGACCUGGCGAAGGACUGUGUAGCCCAGGGCUGCUGUGUGGAUCUUUUUCUCUUCCCUAAUCAGUACGUCGAUCUGGCCACACUAGGGGUGGUCCCUGUCUCCACUGGAGGUUCAAUCUACAAGUAUACCUACUUUCAGGCUCAGGCAGAUCAGGAGCGAUUCCUGAACGACCUGAGGCGGGACGUUCAGAAGCAAGUCGGAUUCGAUGCCGUUAUGAGGGUGCGGACAAGCACAGGGAUCCGAGCGACAGACUUCUUUGGAUCGUUUUACAUGAACAACACCACGGACGUGGAGCUGGCAGGCCUGGACUGCGACAAGGCCAUUACCGUGGAGUUCAAACACGACGACAAGCUCAGCGAGGAGACGGGAGCCCUAAUGCAGUGUGCCGUGCUGUACACCAGCUGCAGCGGUCGGAGGCGUCUGCGCAUCCAUAACAUGGCCGUGAACUGCUGUUCACAGCUCGCCGAUCUUUACCGCAACUGUGAGACGGACACAAUCAUCAACUACUUUGCCAAAUAUGCUUUCAGGGGUGUUGCUAACAACCCCACCAAGGCUGUGAGGGAUACCCUGGUCAAUCAGUGUGCUCAGAUUCUUGCUUGCUAUAGAAAGAACUGUGCGAGUCCAUCAUCUGCUGGUCAGCUAAUCCUGCCGGAGUGCAUGAAGCUUCUCCCCGUUUAUCUGAACUGUGUCCUGAAGAGUGACGUCCUGAUGCCAGGAGCCGACGUCUCGCUGGACGACAGGGCUUACCUCAAGCAGCUGAUCAGCUGCAUGGAUGUCACGGAGACUCAUGUCUUCUUCUACCCCCGCCUGCUGCCAGUGAUGAAGCUGGAAAGCGGGUCGUUGCCCGUAGCAGUGAGGGACUCUGAGGAACGGCUUUCCAAAGGAGGGGUUUACCUGCUGGAGACGGGGCUCCACCUCUUCCUGUGGGUCGGAGCAAGCGUUCAGCAAGAGCUGCUCCUCAACAUCUUUGGCACACCCAGCUUCAGCCAGAUCGAUCCCAACUUGACGAGUCUGCCUGUCCUGGACAACCCGUUCUCACAAAGACUCAGAGAGAUCAUUGACUCCUUCAGAGCGCAGCGAUCACGAUACAUGAAGCUGAUGGUGGUGAAACAGGAAGACCGAGCUGAGCUGAUCUUCAAGCACUUCUUAGUGGAGGACAAGAGCGCCAGCGGCGGAGCGUCAUACGUAGACUUCCUGUGUCACAUGCACAAGGAGAUCCGCCAGCUUCUCAGCUAAAGGACUGGAGAUUCCCACCUUUCACCCAGAAACUCCUCCACCAGAAACCCGGGUCUCCGUUCACCCUGAGAUUUUCUU